CUCCUGGACCUUCUGGCCAUGCUGCUUUCUGUGCAGCCCACGACACCGCUGUGGAGAGCCAGGAAGCAGCCCCAAGGGCUGUCGCCGGUCUCCCGGCCCGUUGCCCAGGUGAGUGGACAGCGGCUGCCACCGCGGGCCCGCUGCACUCUAUGGGCGACCGAGGGCUGUCCCGCCCGGCCUCCCGUCAGCGGCGGCGCUGCCCUGGUUACGGGCCGGGCCGGGUGCGCCGGGGCCGGGGCAGCGGCCGGGGCCGGGGCCGGGGCUCUGCGCUUCCCAGGAGGAGGGAGCCCCGAGAGGAGCCGUGAAUCGUCGGCCCCCGCGGACAGGGCGCCUCCGGAGGGGAAAGGCGGCCCCGGUGGCCCGGCUCGGCCGCGGGGCCGUUCGCAGGCGCAGGAUGGAGGGCGCCGGGGCCGGCUGCGCCUCUGGAGGAAGCAGCGAUCCUGACGUUGUCUGCGAAAAGCACUUGUUUAAAGGCAAAGUGCCCGAGCCGCUCUUUCAGCUGGCGUGCAGUCACCACCACUGCGCUUUUCCUGUGAAUCGCAAUGGGUUGUGCGUCUGGAACACAGCCACUGCUCAGCCAUUAUAUUUGUCAGGGCAUCAUUACUCAAUUUCUGCAUUGUCAUUUGGAAGUAAAAUCAAUCCACUUCUUCUCUGCUCUGCCUCUCAUGAACGUGUGAUAGUGUGGAAUCUUGAUGAAUGUACGCAGAAAGUGCAAGAAGGGUUUACACCUCGAGGAAUUGUUAUAGGAACUCUUUUGGGAAUGGUGCUUCAUAUAAGAUUUAGUCCAGAUGAUCAACAAGUGGCAGUAUGUGCUGGAAAUCAGAUCUACAUAUUAAGUGCAAAGAAUGAAGCUAUACUAGCUGAAUUGGAUGGACACCUGGCUCCAGUGACUGCUGCUGAGUUUUGCACAUGGGAGAAAAGUAUGCUCAUAUCAGUGUCAGAAGACAGAACCUUUAAGGUGUGGGACUAUUCUACCAGCCAGUUAAUAUAUCAGUCAGGAAUAAUAACAGCAUUUCCUUUGCUAAGUCUGCUAAUUGAUGAAGAAAACGAACAGAUUAUCACUGGAUGUGCUGAGGGACAGCUUUGGAUCUUCAGUUUAAUUAGUGAUCAUAAUUACCGUUGUGUAGCACAUAUCGACUUAAAGAAAGAGCAAGAGAAAUUCUGUAAUAAAGUGUGGAGAUCUGGCAAAGAGAUAGGAGAAGGACAAAAUAAUUCCAAGCUUUGCAAAACAGACAACAUGAGACCAGAAGGAUCAGUGGAAAUGUCAUUGCCUGUCCUCUUAGUUGAGCAUUGUGACUUUUUUGUGUGUUUCCAUAAUGAAGAAAACAUAUAUUCUUCCCAGAAUACAAGCUAUUUUUGGAUAGGAACCUCUACUGGCUUGUUAAUAAUUAAUUUGGCAAACUUUGAAUUAGAAGCUCUUUUAUCUUACAGAGAUUAUAGUGACCUCAGCAUUCGGAUUGCCAGAUCAUGUGCAUUAACAAGGACGGCAGCUAAUGGAAAGGUUUUAUGCUUGAUUGCCUCGAUGUUUGAAGAUAUGAUUUCUGUGUUGGAAGUUAACCUUGCUGCAUUGGUGAGAACUCAGCACAGUGAUUUUCUCCCACGUGGGAAUGAGAAAAGUCUAUCUGUUGUUGCCAGGUGUACUUUACUGGCAAAUUCUCCAUUGUGUAAAAGUUUAAAGAAGAACAUGAAAGAACCUUCUAAGAAAACACUUGGAGUGAAGAAUGCAGUGAAGGAUAAACCAUUGGUUUUCCAUAAUAAAAUUAAGUCAUCGGGAUAUACAGCAGCACCACGAAUGGCCAUGUUUGCUCCAAAUACUAACCUGAAAAAAAAAGAGGCAUCCAGGUGGAAGACCAGUUCUAAAUGUAAAAAUAAAGAAUAUCCAUUGGAAAGUUAUCCUCCAAUCAAAUAUGAGAAAGAGGUAUCUGUUACUUGUAAACCAACCCCCAUUUUUUGUGUUCAAUAUUCUGGGGAUGGAGAGCUGCUGGCUUGUGGCCAGGCUGACAAAACUGUGUUGAUAUUCAAUUCCAAUCUCACUGAUGUGCAUAAUGUUUUUUCAGGUCAUGAUGGUGCAGUUAACUCUGUUGGCUGGAGUCAUGACAGGAAGUGGUUAGUUUCUGCAUCAGAAGACAGAACUUUAAGGGUCUGGUCAGUCUGCAAUAAGGAAUCUGCCCUAAUUCUGGAUAAAGAGAAGUUCCAUAAGACUGCACGCUUUGCACAGUUUUAUUUUAUAGAUACAUUUAUAUUGCUGUGUUGUGGAGCUGAAUUUCAUCUCUUAAGUUUCCAUCUAGACACAACCAAGGAUGACCUAAAACGGACAUUAAAUGCUACACUGAAACUAGCGGCCUAUCUGCUUUCUGGACAUAGAUACAAACAGAAGAGUGUUUGCAAAUUGGUACAGAAAUUCCCUAUGACUUCAGCAAUGGAGAUUACCAGUCUUUCAGCAGUAAAUGAGUUCUAUUCUUAUAUUGUACUUACAGCUGGCAGCAACCGAACAUUGGAAAUUUUUGACCUCAAUGCAGGCUGCAGCACAGCAGUGAUACAGGAAGCUCAUGUUAGAUCAGUCCAUCAGAUCUGCCAAAAUAAGGGAUCAUCCUUCAGCACUCAGCAACCUGAAGCUUACAACCUUUUCUUGACCACAGCUGCAGGUGAUGGCAUCAAACUGUGGGAUUUAAGAACAUUAAGGUUUUGUCCAAUCAAAUCCAGUCCAUCCCUUGCACUGUUGAGUACUUACAGGAGAGAUUAGUUCCUAAACAACCUUAUGGUGGGCCAGUACCUUUAAUCUCCUGAAGUUGUUGAUUUGUAAAGUUGGUGCGUCAACAACUGUUUCCAGUCCCUCUGGAAUGGCCUGUCUUUGUUUCUGCUUUGGGUUUGCCAGAAUAGGGUUUGUUUAGUGAAAUCUUUGUCCAGUGUUCUUGCAAUAUAGCAAAGGUAAGUCCACCUUCUCAUUUAUACUGUUUGCAGUGUUGUGGAUAGUUACACUAACUCCAAGAACUCCACAUUAUUGUUUGUUGAUUUUGUUCUAAAUAUUUUCCCUAGAUGUCCACAGUGAAAAUUAUUUUGCUUUUCUUUAAUCCGUUUGUUGCCCUUGAGAAUCUAUCCAUUGUUACUUUAUUUAAAAAUUCCGUAAAGUACAAAAUUUUGAUUAAAUAAGGGGGAAAAAAUCCCUUCAGCACAGUGCUCUUCAAACUAGCUGUUGAAAGCAUGGGAAAUAAUUUGCAGAAUAACUGCACAAUUCCCUUGGACUCUUUGGGUUUUUUUUUAUUCAGUUUCUUUUUCCUUUUUUUCCUUUUUUUCCUUUUCAUACAACAUGCAUUCCUUUUCUCACAAUUGACAGAAGAAUCAUAGCAGGAUGCUCCAGUAUUUUUUGAUCUGCACAGAUUAAAUCUUCAAACAGGUUAACCUGGCCUACAGCUUUUUAAGUUUUGGAUAUAUUAAUAUUUUUGCUUUGAAUCCUACAAAAAUUUUGCUAUUCAACCUGUGUUAUCAAAUUAUGAUUUUUUCCCCCAGUGAAAAUUCAUUUAACUUUUCUUUUGUUCUUGAAUUUGGUGAAAUUAUUUAGCAACUUCAAUUUUCAUCUUUUUUUCUGGAUAAAGCUGUGAAUUUGUCUGUCUCUUUCAUUAUUGAUGAUCUGGAGGCAUUCCAAGAUUCCUUCAGAGAGUGCCAGAACAUCUCAUGGGUUCCUCUGAAGGUGGUACAAGAAAAGACAUUUUAACUUUCUGAUGUUGUCAGCCAACCUCACACAGCCAGGUCAUCUUGCCAAUAAAUGAGGGAAUCUUGGACACUGCUAGUGGCUUUUGGAUUUACUCAGACUCCUGCUCCAUUUGCUUUGAAAUGCAUGGAUUUAUAAAGUUUCAUCUGAAGAUUUUGAAUAUUUUUUAUAAUUCUCCUACAUUCUCCUAAUUUAUAACUAAAGCUAAGAAAAGCUCCAGAUGAUCUACAAAACAGAUUUAGGAAUAAAGAAGCAAGGAAAAUAGUUUUUCUUGGAAGAAGAAAACUAUGGCUACUCUUCUUCCAGGUUAGGAUGAUAAAUUAUGAGACCUUAUGAAUACAUGCUUUAGAGUAAGAUAAUGACCUUUGAAAAACUUCCAAGAUAUUUUGAAGAGCAAUUUAAGUCUAUAUUGUCUAAAAGAAUGACUACUUGAAAAACAAGUAAAAUUACUUUCUCUUGUGUCCAAAGUGAAAGCAGUAAACACAAGUGUUAGGCUGAGAUGCUGUAAAAAUCUGAAUGAGAUGGACAUAAUAGUCACAAGGUUCAAUAUUCCUAAAAAAGACUGAGAAACGCAUUUAAUGAUCAGGAGGUCAAAAAGUUAAUACAUUCUUACAUUUUUGAAGGAGUUGAAGAGUUCUUUGUGAUGAAACCUUGUAUACUCAUCCGUAAGACACAAGAAACUUUACCAUCCUUUCUUAUACUGCUGUGUGUAUUGAAUGUAUUUUGGAGACAUUGCUACUCUUACUGAAGUCAGGAAUCUAGCAUUGAUUUGUACUCAGCCAUACCUGUUGUCUCCACAAUUUAAAUUUAAUAUCCCAGAAAAGUCUGGAUUGGAAUGACACAAGUUGCUAAGUCCUUUAAGUCACAGAGACCAAAUAUAUCAGAAAAUUCCGACACACUAAGCCUCCUUUUCUGCCAGUCCUGCCUGUGUUUAGUGGCAAUGCUCAUGAACAUAUAGGGCAGUGAGAUGUACUUUGGCAUCCUAGUGCUGUAAAACCAAUGCAUAGAAAGAAUGUAGAAACUUAGGAAUUACUGAACCUUCAAUUCCUUUACACAGUAAACUCAUAACAGGAAGGAUCAGACUAGACUAAGUACCAGCUGCUUUAAUAUGUUUCUAUAUCACUUAAAUUUUGUAUGACAGUUUUUAAUUCUGCUUUACCAGUCUGAAUCCUUUCAAUUUCUCACUUCCUCCCACUUGUAGAUUAGAUAAUUUUGUGCUUGAAAUGCUCAAAAGAAAGGAAAUUUCUUUCAUUCAUUCUGUUAGGAAGAAACUAUAAAUUCAUAGGGUUGCACCCUUCACAUCGUUAAAUGCAUAUAGA